AUAGGCGUUGGUUUCAACCUUUAUGUUCAUGAAUUGAUAAAUAAAUAACAUCAGUAUAAAACCACACAGUCUGGUAAAAUGGCUGUUAUCAUCAAGAGAUUGUUGCUGUUUGUCGUAAUAUCAACGCUUGUUGGAUGUAUUAUAGCUGACCUAAACAUAGCUUUAAGAAAACCAACCGCACAAAGUUCAAAUUUUAAUCACCAUCUUGCCCCCGUCUCCACUCGAGCUGUUGAUGGUAACACAGAUGGCAACUAUGAUCAUGGAAGCUGUACACAUACAAAUGGAGCUGAUACCUCUCAAUGGUGGUGUGUGGAUCUGCUCCAUAUCUUCAAUAUCACCAAUAUUAAAAUAUACAAUCGGGUUGAUGCUGUCCCGGACAGAUUAAAGGGAUUUGAUUUGUUGUUGAGUUCUAAUGGAGUUUGUAGUACAACCGGUCUGGCAUCAGCUACAUCAUGUUAUAAAGACAGAAGAUCAAGAACCCAAGAUCUGUAUAUAAUAGAUGGGUGUAAUCAUCCUUCCAGUAAACCUUUAAAUAGUAGAUUCGUCUAUAUACAUGUCUAUGGAUCUCCGGCCAUACUGUCCUUGUGUGAGGUUCAAGUGUACGUCGCCUGUGAAGCAGGGUACUACGGGCCAGGUUGCUACCAGAAUUGUCCUAAACGAUGUCUAAACAAUAUCUGUGAUGAUGUGAGUGGUAAAUGUGUUGGAUGUAAUGAAGGAAGAUAUGGAGAUAAAUGUGAAGAGACCUGUCCCACUUGUUGUGGAUCAUGUAGACAGUUAGAUGGUAUAUGUUUAACUGGUUGUAAAGAUGGUUAUUGGGGACCAAAUGGUUUAUGUCUAGACACAUGUGGGUAUUGUACGACAGGUGGUUGUAGAAUAGAAGAUGGCGUAUGUUAUAAUGGGUGUAAAGAUGGCGUCAAUCACAAGAAAUGUACAGAUGGAUGUGAGAUUCUAUCACCAACUACAAUGGCCAUCACUGGAAAGUAGAUGUACCACAAACUGUUAACCAAUGACGUACCUGUAUGGACCACGAUUUAUUUACCUGUGCUUAUAUAUCUAUAUGACAACCAAGACGUACUGUGGAAUAUAUCCUACGAUUUUUCAAAAAAUGUUUAGUUUUUAUUUUGUGGUAAUAUAAUUUUAUUUUUAAAGUAGACCAUUUCUAUGCAAGGAAGUACCAUAAAACAAUGAUAAU